AUGGAGAAUUUUUUGGUUUUACCUGUGGUGUUGAGGAGGUCUUUGCUGGCUUUCGCCUUUUUUGGGAUUGCGGGUGCGCAGAUGACGACCGGAAGCAGUGGGAAUGCAACGUCUAAUAACACCAUUCCUGCGCCGAAAAGGACGUCUGUCGCACCGUUAAAUUGCUGUUUUCUGGUCCAGGAUACUGUGAGUGAGGUUUGGUGGGAACAGUAUUCGACCCGUUCGGCGGUGUCGCUCGUCAAUCUUACGUCGUACACUUAUUAUGUGACGCCAAUGCCGACGACGACUGUGACGAGUACGAAGACUGAGGUCAUAGAGACGAAUGCGACGUUUUAUGUAACUGUGGGAAAUGGGAGAAAUCCUUUGACGUUGUUUGAAAAUUCGAGUCCUGGGCCGUAUCAAGCGACUUCGAGGUUGUUGGGGAUAAAUACCACACAGAUUGUUACUGCAGGUGUCACAAUUCAAUCUCCAGCAGCGUAUUACAUAUACUCGACAGUUAAAGUCAUCACUGCAGCUCCGAUUACUUUAGACGGUCAACUGGCUUGCGGAACGCAGGCUAUAUAUAAACCAUACAGCAUAACUCUCGACCACGUCAACAGCAAUGCAGAAUCAUACUGGGGGACAAAAGUUCAGCCUUCUUCAAAGAUCCCAACCUCCACAGAACUUCUCACAGAAACGGGGACCGUAAACCAACCCGGCACCAAAUCGACAUAUACACAGACUCAAACUUUCACCGAAUACUCGACGAAAUUCUCAGCAUUCCCAUCAGGCGUAACGACUAUAUCGUUCGAUCCUUACGUGUACGCCCCUGAGUACGCGAAGACCGGGUUAAGAGGUGUAGGAGAGACGACCUGUGAUGAUGAUGAAGGUCGUAGUGAAGUCCGCUUUGGGUUCUUACCGGAACAGCUACUCAAAUACAUGGUUGGGGUACCAGAAAUCAGUUCUCAGUAUCCAGGUCUAGAGUCUUGUUUUGCAGGAGGGCCAGUUAUAGUCACACAAACGAAAUGUGAAGCUACUGCUGGAGAACUUCAGAUCCCGGGAGGUGAUUUGACUUCGUCGAAAUUCAUUACCGUCAAUCCAACGGAUGGACCUAUUACUUCUCAGCAAAGUUCUGCUUCAACUUCUACGACAUCCUCGCCGGUUCCAGUGAAGACUUCAGAAACUGUCACUCCCUCAACAUCCACGUCUAUUUCUACUAAGAAGCAGCCUACUUCAAUCAGCUUGACGCCUGUUACAGAGACGGCAACACCUACUCUUGCAACGCCGACUACUCAGUCUACUUCAACAUCAGUAUCAGAACCUCCUUCCCAGACUACCGCAAUAGUCAUCCCAAUUCCGAUCUCCAGCACAAUCACCACAACCCCCACAACCACUACAGCCACCACAACAUCAUCCGAUGGAUCGAUCGCCUCUGCAAUCGCCUCUCUAAUCGGUAUUCCUCCACCCGAGACUCCAACCACCACCACCACAACCGCAUCCGUCUCUACUUCAAUAACCGUUUCCUCCCAAACUCCCACCAGCAGAACACAAGGCCAUUCCCGACAGGCUCGAUAA